CACUGUGCAAGAGCCAGGAUCACUAGCCAGGAUCACUCUGUGAGCGCAACAACAACUACUGCAGCCACAGGAGUGCCUUUCUGCUCCUAAGUCGGGUUCCGUGAGCAAGUGUGCAGGAGUUGGCGCACAGAGACAUGACACGCAAAUAAAGAAACGAGUCCUUGAGUGGUAACGCAGGUGGAUCACUGUUUUGUUCUUCUGAAGAUGAAUAGAGACUUGAAGCGCCAGCGACAGCUCGGCUGGGCUGUGAUUUUGCUCGUACUGUGCGCCGCUUUAGAACUCUCCGACUCUGCGGCUUGCCAUGGAUGUGGAAGUUCCAAGUGUGAUUGCAGUGGAGUAAAAGGAGACAAGGGAGAGAGGGGUUUCCCUGGUCUUACCGGACAGCCAGGGGUCCCAGGGUUUCCUGGACCCGAGGGACCAAUCGGAUCCAGAGGAGAGAAGGGAAGUGAUGGACCUCAGGGACUAACUGGUCCAAAAGGAAUAAGAGGGCCAACUGGAUUACCUGGAUUUCCAGGAACGCCAGGACUUCCAGGUCUGCCAGGACAGGACGGUCCCCCUGGCCCAAGAGGAGUGCCGGGCUGUAAUGGGACAAAGGGGGAUCCUGGUUUUCCAGGAACUCCAGGAAUACCUGGACAACAAGGACGUCUAGGUCCACCUGGUCUCCCAGGACCAAAGGGAGACCCUGGUGAUGUGAUUUCCACUAACCGUUUUGGAGUAAAAGGAGAAGUUGGAUUGCCUGGAUUGCCGGGAGCUCCGGGGCUUUCUGGACCUACAGGUUUACAAGGCCCGAUCGGCCCUCCGGGACCCAGAGGCUAUCCGGGUACUGAUGGUCAACCAGGUCCUCCUGGACCUAAGGGUAACAUGGGUUUGAACUUCGAAGGACCUAAAGGAGAAAAGGGCGACCCAGGCUUGCAAGGACCUCCCGGUCCUCCAGGAACAGGACAGGGGGAGCAGAGCAGACCCCCACCAUCAGAGAUUCAGAGAGGGGACAAGGGUGACCCUGGACCUCCAGGCCCGCAAGGUGACCCUGGCUUUCCAGGUCCACCUGGUCCCUCUGGUGGACAGAAAGGAGAAAAAGGAGAACCAGGAGAAGCAGGCAAACGAGGAAAACCCGGCAAAGACGGAGACCCAGGUCCUCCCGGAUUUCUUGGAACCAAAGGAGUGUCUGGUUCUCCAGGUGUUCCAGGCAGGGAUGGAGAGAGAGGACUAAAAGGUGAUCGAGGAUUCCCGGGACCCCCAGGAUUGGUAAUUGGGUCCGCACCUAAUGGUGGUAUUGGUCCAAAAGGUGAACCUGGGCUUCCUGGAAAUUCUGGAACUAAAGGAGAACGAGGACCACAAGGUCUAAUGGGGCCUGCGGGAGCUCCAGGAAUUCCAGGCAUAGGUGGCAGCGGCCCUCCUGGAGCUCCAGGUUCCUUAGGAGCCAAAGGUCAAAAGGGAGACCCCGGCACUCCUUCGAUUGCUUUGCCCGGUCCCCCAGGACGUCCAGGACCCCCUGGGGUUUCUGGUCUACAAGGGCCCCCAGGACCUCCUGGAUAUUCCAUUCCAAUUGAAGACUGCCUACCUGGGCAGCCAGGAACUCCUGGGAUCCAGGGUGAGACAGGGUUCCCUGGAGAGCAGGGCCAGAAAGGUGAGAAGGGAGAGACGUGUGUGAACUGUAUCGAAAGAACAUAUCCUAUUCCCGGCCCUCCAGGGCCUCCAGGACCGCCGGGAUUUCAAGGCCCUACUGGCCAGCAAGGUAUCAAGGGAGACAAAGGUUUUCCAGGACAACAAGGCCUUGUUGGACCCCCUGGUAUCCCUGGUCCUCAAGGUGGUCCAGGCUUCCCUGGAGAGAAGGGAGAGCCAGGAGAAGCACUCACACUCACCGGUGUAAGAGGAGAGAAGGGUGACACUGGUUUCCCCGGACCACCCGGUCUCCCUGGUCUGGAUGGUCGACCCGGUCGUGACGGACAGCCUGGGACUCCUGGUCCCAAGGGAGCUCCUGGCUCGCUACUCGUGAAAGGAGAACGAGGUCCGCCUGGUGAGACAGGUCCCUCCGGCAUUCCGGGAGACAGAGGUCCCCCAGGUCCACCUGGCUUUGGAAUUCCAGGUCCAAAAGGAGAGAGAGGUUUUCAAGGCAUCUCGGGAAGACCUGGCGUUGCCGGGGCACCAGGUCUUAGAGGGGAGCCAGGUCCAACUAUCACAGAGAAAGGUCAGCCCGGACCCAGAGGACAGGAUGGCGAGCGAGGACAGCCUGGUCUACAAGGUUCCCCGGGUCAGCCUGGACAGCCUGGCUUCCCAGGUUUGGCUGGACCAAAGGGUGAUCCUGGACUACCAGGCAUUGGACUCCCAGGUCCUCCAGGAGCUAAAGGAUUCCCAGGUAUUCCAGGUCAGCCAGGAGCACCUGGAAAUGUAGGCAGACCAGGAAUAGAUGGACUUGCUGGGCAGUCAGGGUUUCCUGGACCAAAGGGCGAGCCAGGCUUUGGACUUCCUGGUCCUCCUGGUCAACCUGGACUAGCAGGACCUAAGGGUUUCACUGGACCAAAAGGAGAUUCUGGUUUCCCUGGCAGCCCAGGCGGACCAGGGCGACCUGGAUUUGAUGGACUGCCAGGACCUAAAGGGGAUCCUGGCACACCUGGUCUACCCGGAGCUCCUGGGCUCCCUGGAAGCUCCACAAGUGGAACACAGGGUCGUCCAGGCCCUCCUGGACCUCCAGGCCCAAUGGGACCACCAGGCGAGAAAGGAUACCAAGGAGCAAACGGCGCAAAAGGAGACCCAGGUCCACCAGGCUUAGACAUCCCAGGUCUGCCAGGUGACAAAGGAAAUCCUGGUUUUCCAGGUCCCCCUGGUCCAAUAGGAAUCCCAGGACCCCCUGGAGGACCUGGAAGGGAUGGCGCACCUGGAUUAUCAGGUCCAAAAGGCGACAUGGGUCCAAUGGGACCUCCAGGACCAUCAGGGGGACCUGGCUCUCCAGGGAGGUCUGGCGUACAAGGAAAUAAAGGUGAACCAGGAGUUCCAGGUGCAGAUGGCCUUCCAGGUGCUUUUGGUCCUACCGGAGAUAAGGGAGAGAGAGGUUUCCCGGGACCCCCAGGAAUCCCUGGGCCAGUAAAUUUAAAUGAAAAAGGAAUCAAAGGAGAUGCUGGACAACAAGGUUUACCAGGCUCUCCCGGACCAAAAGGCAUUGAAGGUCUUCCUGGUGAGCCCGGAACACCUGGACUAGAUGGACGCCCUGGAAUUCCUGGACCUCCAGGGCUUAAGGGCGAACCUGGUAUCCCAGGGAGUCCUGGUGGUUCUGGACCUCCAGGUCUGAAAGGCAGCAUGGGAGAUAUGGGAGUUCCAGGACCGCCAGGGUUGAAAGGUACAUUAGGUUUUCCGGGUAGGCCAGGAUCCUCAGGUCAGCCAGGAAUCCCUGGCCCCUCGGGACAAAAAGGUGAACCAGGUUCUGCUGGCGUUGGACCACCAGGGUUACCAGGACCAAAGGGAGAUGCAGGUCAACCAGGAUUCCCAGGAAGUCCUGGAACCAAAGGAAAUCCCGGAGCACCUGGUCUUCCUGGUUUACCAGGCUUACCAGGGGAUAAAGGAGAUGUAGGCCUUGCAGGUUUCCAAGGUCCCCCUGGUAUGCCUGGUCCAAAGGGUCUUGAUGGUGGGCCUGGUGCCCCAGGUGUCCCAGGAGCUCCAGGUAGACAAGGAGAGCCUGGUCGAACAGGACUACCUGGACCAGUUGGAGAGAAGGGUCAGCCGGGAAGAGAUGGGAUCCCAGGACCAGCCGGAAUCAAAGGAGAGCCAGGAAUCUCUGGCUUUGGUGUUCCUGGUCCUCCUGGGGUUCAAGGUCUGCCAGGUGAGAAGGGAGACACAGGUCUUCCCGGUCCAGUUGGCAACCCAGGUUUUCCCGGCCCUAAAGGGGACGUCGGUUUUCAAGGUUUACCAGGUCCUCCAGGUGUCAAUGGCCCUCCAGGACCUCCGGGACAGUCAAUCCAGGGCCCUAAAGGGUUUCAAGGACCUCCCGGACCACCUGGAAGAGCAGGCCCCUCAGGUCCUCCAGGUUCACCUGGGCCAGAGGGUUCCCGCGGGCUCCCGGGAAGCGGUGGUGUUAAGGGAGAGAAGGGUUAUCCCGGAACUCCCGGUCAGCCUGGCCUUCCUGGUCAGAAGGGAGAUCUUGGUUUUCCAGGAGCGCCGGGCUCAGCUGGUGGUCCUGGUGGUCCUGGUAUGAAGGGAGACAUAGGAUUUCCAGGUGUUUCCGGCUUCCCAGGACAAAAGGGAGAGCCAGGACUGCCUGGUCCAAGUGGCCUUCCUGGAGAUCUUGGUGCAGACGGGAUCCCUGGCCCUCCUGGAGAUCCUGCUCCAAGUUCAGAAGUAAAUGUGAAAGGCGAGAGAGGGCCUCCUGGUCCACGGGGAAGCCCGGGUCCUCCAGGGUUACCAGGUCCUUCUGGACCCCCUGGACCCUUAGGUCCACCCGGUACACCAGGAGAUCCAGGUGCAUCUGGUCCUCCAGGCUUCAACGGCCCACCUGGCAGGAAAGGAGAAACUGGAUUUGUAGGACGGCCUGGUCAAAAGGGCAACCCUGGCCCACCUGGUUCAGAUGGUCCACAGGGUCCGCCUGGUAUUCCAGGGUCAGUGUCAGCAGCCCAUGGCUUCCUCGUUACCCGACACAGCCAGACUGAAGUAGCACCAGACUGUCCUCUGGGAACUAGCCCCAUCUACGACGGAUAUUCUCUGUUAUACGUGCAGGGCAACGAGAGGGCACACGGCCAGGACCUUGGCACAGCCGGCAGCUGUCUGCGCAGAUUCAGCCCCAUGCCUUUUAUGUUCUGCAACAUCAACAACGUCUGCAACUUUGCUGCCCGUAACGACUACUCCUACUGGCUGUCCACUCCGAAACCCAUGCCUAUGUCCAUGGAGGCUGUGACUGGGGAGAACAUCAAGCCUUACAUCAGCAGGUGUUCUGUGUGUGAAGCUCCAGCCAUGGUGAUUGCAGUCCACAGCCAGACCAUCCAGGUCCCCCUUUGCCCUGCAAACUGGAAUCUCCUGUGGAUUGGUUACUCCUUCAUGAUGCACACUAGUGCAGGCGCUGAGGGCUCCGGUCAGGCACUGGCCUCCCCCGGUUCCUGCCUGGAGGAGUUCCGCAGCACCCCCUUCAUAGAGUGCCACGGCAGAGGAUCAUGUAACUACUUCAGCAACUCCUACAGCUUCUGGCUGGCUACAGUGGAGCUUUCUGACAUGUUCAGGAAGCCCCAGUCAGAGACUUUAAAGGCGGGUAACCUGCAUACACGUGUCAGCCGCUGUGUGGUGUGCAUGAAGAGAACGUAAUAUCACGUGGCAGCGGACAGAGCCGCCACUGCCAGCAGGGACGCCCUAUCCACACCUAAACACAUCUGGAUAAACGACAGGGGUUCCAGUCAACCGUUGACAUGGCAACAAGAUGGAUUUCCAAUGACUUUCGAGAAUAAAGAAAAAAACAAUCUAAAAUUGAAACGAUGGUGCUACUGUGCGACACAGCUUACAAGAGUUAAAAACCGACAUGAAUAUUCUUACAUUUAGUCUUUGUUUUUCUUAAGAAGUACCUCAAAAUGAAAGCAGACAAAUAUCCGCUUGAUGGUGCCAUAAUGGAUGUAUGACAGCAAAAGUGCAUUUUUUCAGUCUUUUUUCCCUAUUUAAUGACUGUGUUUUUUUGUUUUGUUUUUUUCUUUCUUAGAAAAAUCACUGUUGAAGUCUUGGUGCAACAAAAAUAUGUUUCCCUACAUAUAUUUCUUUCUACUUUUAUAGCCUUACUAAUGAGGCGCAGAUGGUCUCCAACAGUUACCAAAUCAGCACUUUGACUUUGGAUUAUCCAGGAUGAGAGAUGCACUGAAGAGCUUUCCUUCACUGAGACCGACUGGCUUUUACCCCCCCAAAAAAAAACGACCUAUUUCCUCUCUGUCUGUCAUCAUUCUGUGGUUUCACAUCCCAUUUCAUGGAACUAACCCUGCUGUAUCCCACCUGUUAACCAUCAGCCUUCACCUUCUUGCUCUUCAUUUUAUUUUUGUAAGUAAUAAAAUGUGUAUAUUGUGUAAAACACCUUUUGUUUUGUUUUAAAGCAUAUUAGGGCUGAAGUUGUACCAGCUGUUUGUUGCGACUAUUUUUCCAGGUUGUUUUUAGCUCACACACUCACAAGCACACACACAUUUACUUUUAUUGCUCACUGAGAUAUUGUACAAAGUAAGGCUUUUUAUGAAUGGAACAGUAUUUUAUAUAUAAUAAAUUUAUAUUUGAAAAAAACAACAUACAGAUAUUGUAUUUUUGGGGGCUGUGGGGAAAUUUUAAACCUGCUUUAACCUCAGAAUGGCCAAAAGACAAAGAACAUUACUUAACCAACAGCCAUUUCUCACAAAAUAAACCUGUUGGUUAGAAUCCUUACCAAUCCCCAAUCAUUCUUAUCUUCUGGUUUCAGUUUGCAAGAUGAGUAAAUGCUGGUUCAAUUAAAUGGUGUUGUUUUUAGGUGGUGUAAUGUUACAAAUGAAUUGUGAAAAACCAUUUAAACUAGUUAAUUAGAAAAUGCUACAUGUUCUCUAACAUUUUCCAGGUGCUGGGCCUAUCUGUGAAAAGAGCUCCAUAGAUUUAGGUUCAACAAAAAUGUCUGAACCCACUUAACGUUGGCUUGAAUUUAAACCUUAAAACACAGGUUUAAGUGUCUGCAACAUUUAAAUGCGCCUCUCUUAUCAGGUGGAAGCACUCCUGAUGUAACUCGGCAGGAGAGAAAUAUUUUCCUGUGAUUUUAUUGUUAUUUGUUUUCAUAACUGCUUUUAUGAAUUCUAAUUUUGUCAACCUCGGGUUCGAUUAAAGAUGUGUAUUUGUUUUCUUUUCCGUUUUGUUAUUUUACUCAGAAGUUGUUAUAAACUUUUAAAACUGAAAUAAAUACUAUGGCUAAAGUCUU